AUGAAUAGCAAUCCCCUGUACCAACUCAACCAAGUGGAAGCAAUAAUUGCAAAUGAAGCCCCUGUUAAUUAUCCUACUACUCAAGAUCAACAGGAUGACGAACUAGAACAAGUUCUGGACGAUUAUGAGGAAGAGGAACUUAGCGAAAUUGAAGCGUAUAUGGCAGACAGUCAAGAAGAAUAUGAGGAGGAAACUGACCUUCUACCCCUCGACUAUAACCUCUGGAAUGAAGAAAAUCAUGUCUAUUUAACUCUAGCAUUUAAGGAAAAAUUUUAG